AGAAGAAGAGUCCGUCUGUCAUCUUUUUUCAAGUUCAAGUUGUUCCUAAAAAAAAACUUCUUUUUAUUUGAAUGCCAUGGAGUUUUGCCUAGAAUUUCCCUUGUUCUGAUCUGAUUUUUCAUUUCACAUUGUUCAUCUAAAAUGUCCGAUGACCGUCGGAAAGCGAACAGACCGAGCACGGGUACAGUUCCAAAAAUAAAACCAUACAAUGGAAUUGCUUUGCCCACUGAACAAGAGAGAUCAAGAAAUCUGACUAAUAAUCUGGUCAGGUUUAGAGGGCAUCCUCAAGAAUCCAUCAAUACCAUCAAUAAUAGGAGGAGAAAUCCUCAGAAUAACUAUUUCACUAUGAAUACUACUCUUGAAGAACCAUCUCUGCCUCUAAUGCAGAAUGGAACAGUGAAUUUCAAUAGCAAUGGUGGUACUGUAUCAGGAAACACAAGCUCAACAGCUUCCAGAAGAAACUCAUCUAGUUCAGCACUCAAGUGUGAUAACAUCAUGAAAUACCCAGACAAAAAACAAAUAGAAAACAAACUGGAACAGAUUAGGGAAUACUUGAAAAUAACAAAUUCUCUCAUGACUAGUAUGAGGAACACUGAUGAACAGACUGAUCAGUCUGAGUUAGACAGUUUGGGCAGAAUGUUGAAAGAUCUGAUAGAUAGUGAGAGGAAGUUGGUGAACAUUUUGGAACAGUGGGAUAUUUAUAAGGAUGGAACUGAGCAGGUUAUGGAAAACAGUCAUGAUAGAGAAUCAGUUCAUAGUGGGGCAUCUUUGAGUAGAAAAAAUGAUUUUGUUGUUAAUGGUGUAGACAGUUCUGAAGAAAUUGAUGUGUUAAGGGGGCAACAACUGGCCCUAUUGCAGCUGCAGCAGAAUGCAGAAAAUAAACUUCGCCAAGCCAGGCAUAUUCAGACCAACCUACUGUUACCACAUGGUUCUAAUGAUUGUAGCAGUAAUACCAACUUUAAGGAUUCCAAAAGUUUUCUGGAUUUUGAUAUAGCUAUUAGAGAAUUGGAAGAAAGGUCUAAGGGGUUGCAGUCAUCUAAUUCAUUUGUUAAAGCUGAGGACAAUAUUAUGAUCAAAGUGGAAGGCCUUCAAGAGGAAAUAACACAAAUGCACCAUGCCAAUGAUGAAAGAGAAAUGUUGAUUCGAACCCUGGAUAACCAGGAUGCUGAGCUCAGGUCUCAGCAUGCUGAGCUCCAGAGCAAGCUAUCUGAAUUGCAGAGCAAGAAAAUGCAAGUGGACAGACUAGUUGAGCAGCUACAGAGUUUUGGAGAAGAAGAUGAUGAAGAUGUUGGUAACCAAGUUCGCAAAAUUUGCACAAUGAAAGAUCAAAUCACCAAACUGAAAGACAUGUUGGAAAUAGUGAAGACCAAUGAAAACAUCUUGGAAAACACAAAAGCGUCAGAAGAGGCCCAAGCAACCUGCCUAGACAUUUGCUCAACAGCAGAAAACUUCCUCGAAAAAGACGUGAAAAAAUGCCGAUUGCCUGUCAAAUACGAAAAUGACACCGGCAGCGAAGGCAGGACUAAACAAGUCAACAAAUACACCAGAGAACAGGGCAAUAGGGUCGCCAAACACAAUAGCUCCAAUUUGAGUCAAAAGGUGGUACUACAAAAUGAAUUGGAAUCUAAAAAACGUGAGUUGGAGGAGAUCAUGGGGAGACAUAAAGCUAGCACUUCAAAUUUGAAUCAUGAUGUUGGUGUUGAUACAAAAUCAGAGUUCAGUUGUACAAGCAACACUAACAAUGAUGCUUGGAUCCCGUUGAUUCCACAGAAUCAUAGUGAUUCUGAUAGAUUUUCAAGUGAUGAAUGCCAGGAUGAGUACACCCCGAUAACCGACAAUCACAACGUUCUCACCUUACCUUGUCUGAAUUACUCGCCAUCUAACUCUUCCAAGCAACGAUUCGCGGAAAAUUUUCGGCGUCCCGAAUAUGCGGGGACAGCAAGCUCAGCGAGGUCCCGCACUCCUGAUCUGAAUGUUGGCGGGACCCAUUCUGUUCCUUAUGUCAGGGAACAGCCUAGGUCCAAUAGUGAGCAGGAUAGGAGAUCUCAGAUCCAGAAGCAGCUGCAACUCAUCAAGAGCGUGUGUGACUCGAUGCUGGAACAGCAAUCGGCCCCCUCCCACUCCAACGUCCACCAGUUGCGCAACAAUCUCACCCCCUCUCCGCUGUACUCGGAGACGGGUAGGCGGGGCUCGAACACGGUCACGCCCUCCUGGCCGGAGAUGGGCGGCUACCAGAAUGUGCUGGCCACCAACGCCAUACAGGCGCAAUCCUUCAUGCUGAACACGUUGAACCAGUGCUGCCAGAUGCUGUGGAUGCAACAGAAGGAGAUCACCGGUCUGAAGAGUGUUGUAUCGGCGCUGCAAGAAACGAUAGAAACCAAUAGGCAGCAACCGGCCGCCGUCAGCCAUCUCCCCAUCCCCACUCCCACCCAACCCCCUCUCCACCCCCAGUACCGCCCCUCCGCGCCCCACCACGCCCCCAAAACCAACCACGUGUCCGCCGCCUUCUCCCUGCCCAACCUCAACCAGUACAACGCCCCGCCCUCUAACGUAAUCCCCGCCCCCUCCGGCUACAUUAACGAAUCGGCUGGCGCCAGCGACAGGCUGCCAGAUCCGAGAUCCAAUAACAACGCUAUCGAGCACGCUAACAACCUGUUGCAUGCCAACAACUUGUUGCAGGCUAACAACCUGUUGCCCAAUCAGAUGUGGCACGGCCAGGCGCUGAACAAUCAGGUGGCGCCCGGCAUUAGAGCUAACAAUUAUUGGGACAAUUUCAGGAGCUAUCAAAUACACUUCUUCGACGAAUUGGAUCAGUUGGUUAAUUAGGCCUGCCCCCAGGUAGUGUUAGCCCAUGGCCCCACAAACUCACGGUCCCACCUUGCAAUCGCUUCACCCCUCCGAUCUAUUUUCCAGCUACUCCCGCCAAAACCUGCUCUCCACCAAAAACUUCGAGAUGCUGCAAAACCUGCCGCCCCCUUUCCCAGCCCCUCUCCCUCAACAGCCGCCCCCUCCGAAAAGCAACGCCGACCACGCCCCGGAAACCGCCCCCAGGCGCAACCCCCCGCCCCACCAGCAGCCCCCCGACGUGCUGAACGUCAACCCCCACCCCGGGCCGAGGCUAGACGUCAACCCCCAUCACGUCAACCCCGACUCCGGCUCCAGGCUGGACGUUAACCCCCACCCCGGGCCGAAGCUGGACGUCAACCCCCACCCCGGGCCGAGACUGGACGUCAACCCCCACCCCGGGUCGAGGCUGGACGUUAACCCCCAGCACGUCAACCCAGAUUCCGGGUCGAGCCUGGACGUUAACCCCCACCCCGGGCCGAGACUGGACGUCGCCUCGGCAGGCGUCCCGACGCUGGGGACGGCGAACGGGGGCGGGAUAGCGGAGCGUCCGAAUGCGUCGGUGGAACGGGGGGCGGUUGAGGCGGAGCCUGAGAGAAGAAGGAACGAGUGGCGGGAAGAGGUGGUCGAAGAACAGGCUUCCAAAUCUAAAUUGUUCGAGGAACUUCGCGAAAACGUCUACAAAGAAGUGGCUUCUCUCAUAUCGGCCAACGAGACUAGGCCUCAUUUUCUCAUCCAGCUGUUCAGAGAUCUGCAGAUGAUCGGCUCAGACUCGCUCAGAUUGAAAAUCCUGCAGUCCAUCCAGGCGGUCGUGUCGCACUCUAUUGUUUCUACUCAGAAUUCCAACAGACCCUCAUUGGAUUCUCAGCCAACUUCAAGUGAAGCAGAUGCAUCUCACAUAUCUGAUAAUUUUUCGAUGCAACCCACAGUAUGGUCCAAGUCCAUCAAGAAUUUGCACACCUGGAUAAGUAACAACGAUUCCUCCGACUAUCAAAAUAUCCUGAAAGGUGUCGUGCCUUUUUUGAAUGAACGGGAAUUCGAGGUCGUCCAAAGUCAGCUGCUUUCCUCUCUGAAAAAGACUCUGUUAGAAUCGGGAGCUUUCAAGGAGGCUAUCAGAGAUACCGUAUUCCAGAAACAUUUUUCGAACGUGUUGGAUGAAGUUUUAGAACAGUAUUGUGGAAAAAAGGUGAAAGAUAUCAAAACUCACCUGUUACAAACGCUCAAUGAACUGUUGUGCGGAGAAAUCGGAUUCAUCCAGUUCAUUCAAGAAACUGAACCUGAGAAUCUACUUUCCCAGGUUGUGAAUGAAAAUGCAGACUUUCUGCAAGAUCCUCGAUUUGAACAAACGAAAAUCGUCUCCGGACAGUGUGUGGGCGUCGAGAAUAUGCAAAAUGGCGAUUUAGCAGAGGCAGAUCAGACUAGGAUGAAUGAAGAAGAUAUGGAAAUGGAAGAAGAGGAAGAGGGAGCAGUAGGUGGCAUUUUAGAACAGCCUUCCACUGCAGAAUCUCACGGAAUCUCACAGGUAAUCAACAUUUGAUUGAUUGUUUUUAUUACC